AUUUUGCUUUUUAAUUCUUGUGAGAUUGAAAAGAAAUUUUUUUAAAUAGCCAUUUUUUGAAAACAUUUAACAUGACAUGUUGGCGUUCUGUCUUCCGUUGUGUGCAGUUCGAAUGUGAGCCGACAUUUGUUAUUGUUGUGGGUUGUGAAUUUUCCUUUCAACAACGAAGUUUAAGAAGCGUUUUAACAACAAAUACCAGUUGGAAUUGUGCUGGUACAAUGAUUGUCAACUCUUCUGAGGAUCUAAUUUAGAUGUUAAAUCAAUCAUGAAGUUUGGCGGAAUUUUUAAUAAAAAAGGAUCGGACAAAAAUGGAUUCAAAGAGGACCUGGCAGUAUCUGAUCCUGGUUCGGAUGACAGUUGGAAUGCAUUAUACAACAAGGUACCUGAAAAGAAUUCAAUUCAAGGCCCGUCUGAAGCGGCAUUACCUCAAAGUAACCCCACAGAAGGGUUUGCUGCCACUCCCUCCACUGUAAAUACAAGUCCUGUUGGAAAUUGUACAAAAGAAAAGGGGGGAAGGAAAAGUGCAGACAAAAAUACUCUCAAAAACACGGAUGCACACACAAGUUUCACGAAAAUUUCUACUUGCAAGAAAUCUAAGCAAUGCAAUUCACGAUCAUUAAUCCCAGUUACAAGCACUCCUUUUAUGAGUGUGAAACGAAUACCAUCUUUCAAGGUCUCCCCAAUUAUUUCCACAGUUAAUGGCACUAAUAAUGAUGGAUUUCAGGAAGGUACUUCACCUUUUGCUGAUUCUACUGCUAGCCUUGUUGUUAAGCGGAAUAACCCCACUAAAGAUGUUGAUGCUUUUGAUCAGCUUCUUGACCCUAGUAAAAAAAAAUUUGAAAACACAACCGGCAUCUUUCCAGGAAUUGUGCCUUUGCAGUCAGUUGUGAACCAAGCUGAUACCACUAGACAAUAUGCUGGUGGCAUCAUUAGAGGCACAAAAACCUUCCAAGAUCAAUUCACUGACUAUGCCUACAAUGAUUCUCAAAGUAGUUUAAAAGAAAAAAGCACAGAAAAGGUAAAUAGCUUUACAAAGCCUGUAAACUGUCGUAGCAGAGGAACUAGAAAGAGCCAUGGAACUUAUACAGGCACUACACCUGCCCAGAACGAAAAAAAAUGUGAGCAAGUUGUGCAGAUUUGUAAGAAAUCAGUAUUGGAGCACCCUUCACAAGAUAGUGGACACCCAUCCAAGAAGACAUCAGUAAGGAGAAGCACAAGAGGGCUAAUUUCGCAAGAAGUUGUACAGAAAUCAGUUCAAGAAGACAACAGAUCCUUGCACGGUAGAUUACAAAAAAAUAAUGUAAGCCCCCUCAACGUUACAACUGUCCCAAAAGUUCCAGAAAUCAACAGUAAAACACCAUUAGAGCAACCUGCACCACCUAAAACAUCUAAACAAGUUGUUGAAAUUGAUCCUGGGUCUCCAGCAAAAGAGAGUAGCUGUCUCAGGAUUGACCAGAAAUCUGAAAGUGGUGUAAGUAACUGUCUCAAGGUUGAUGACCAAUCUUUAAAGAGAACUGAAUUAAUAGAAAGACAACCAAUUCAGGGAGAUGGGGAAAGAAACUGUUUGGCAAAAUCAAGGAAAGAAGUAAAUGAUUGCAUUGAGCAACCAAAUGAAGAGUGUCAUUCGCCUACAGAGGAAGGCAGUGCUAGUGCCAAAAUGCCAGGAGGAAAUAAACUCUGCUUUCGGUCUGCCUAUGAAAUUCACAUAGGAAAUAACUGCUUGAAACAAGCAAACGUCUUUUCUUUUGCUUUUCCGCAAAAUCAUGAGGAUCAAUCAGAUCAAGCUUCUCCCAAGAGAAUUGAAUCAGUAGAGAGAGACCAAUUAGGAGGUGGGGAAGGAUGUAAGAGGGUACAAGAAGAGCCCAUCAAGAACGUAUCGCAAGUGGAGGACAACAGAAACAUAAAUCCUUCAGAAGAUGUAUGUCAUCAAGACGUGGAAUCUCAACGCCCUUCUCUAAUAUCAGAAAGUAAUACGCUGGAACCCAGUGUAAAGAAGAUUGAGACAAGUAAAAUUUCUCACAAGUCUGGAGUUGGUUGUUCUCCAUCCACACCAAUUCUACCUAGUACAAUUGAAAUCUUGAAUAAACCUUCACCUGAGGGUGAAACUUGUGCGAGUCUUGUUCCUGAAAAGACUAAUAUUGUAAUUGAGACACCUCCAGACACAGCUGAAAACUCCAAUGGAGGAGUAUCGUCGUCUGAAGAAGAAAGAAUUUUGUUACGAGCUCAAAGUUUAAAACUAAGGGAAAAUCAGAGUAAUUCAUCAAGGGUCACGAAAAGUCCCAAAAUUAUUGACACUGCACCAUUAGGUGGUAAUUCAAAAGUUCUUGGCAGAAAACUCAGGUUUUCUGUACCCUUGCAAUCACCUGUAAAAAAUUCUGAAGCUUUUGGGACCAACUCUAAAGCAACCCAGAAGGGUAUUUUAUCUCAUCAAAUCAGAUUUGAUAAAUCUUUAAAUCAAGAACAUGAAUACAUUCCACCAGAUAAUAGAGCUCCUAACACUUUAUCUGACUCAAGUCUUGAAGUUGGUGUUUUUCUAUCAAGAAACCCUUUCGAGAUGCAGAAGACUUUCGAUGAUGAUUUUGAAUUAGAAAUUAUGUCAUCAUCAGAGGAAGAGAAUCAACGCUCAAAGAAGAAAAAGAAGCAUGGUACCUUGCGGAAAAUGUCGUCAUCUGAGGAUGAGAACAAACAAUCAAAGAUGCUAAAAACGGAUGGUAAUUUGCAGAAUGUGCAAAAGACAACUAGAUUUCAUAAAGGUUCCAACUUAAGCUCCAGGGUUAAAGAAAUACGUCGACGGAAAGAAGCGCAAAUUGAAGCUCUACGAAACUCAAAGGGGGAUGAUUCUGAUAGUGAUCCCUUUGCCGAAAAAGACGGUUCAGUCAAAACUCAGUCUUCUAAACCAGGAUCAGGUAACAAGUCUAGUGAAAAUAAAAGGUUACAUAAUUUUAAGGGCCAUGUUCGUCAUAUGAAAACAUCAACUGAGAAAACAAAGAGGGAAAGGAAGAUAUCUCCAAUGAACGCCAGAAUUUGUGUGGAGAAUAUUCAUGAGACCCCAGUUUUCGAUGACAUUGGCCUGUUUAAUGAAGAUCUAAAGAAAGAUAGUCAAACAGAGGAAGAUCAAUGUUUGCAAACUGGUUCACAAAAUAAAAGUGAGACAAAGCAACUUAAAAAUUCAGAUAUUAGAACGGACAGAAAGAAUAGAGCCAUGAAAAUACAAGGUAACAAACAACCAAGCAGAAGAAAAACAGACGAGAGGUACACCCACCUAUCAGUACCAAGUAAUGACAAUGAACAGCAAGUAACAGAACCUCGCUACUCUCAACGCGUCCGCAAGCCACCUUCUAUGUACUGGCUUGGAAAGAAAUCAAGAAAUACUGAUAAUGAUUUUGAAGGUCUUGUAAAAAGUAAACAGUACAAUCCAACACAAUCCCCAGCAUUGUUUGAUGAUGAUGAAAAUGAGAGAAGAAAAUCGAAGAGCCAAAAACGGAAGGUAUCCAAGUCAAGUAAACCAAACAUUUUGAAAGCACUUAAAAAGAUGAAAUCAGCAGAAUCUGAAAACCCUUCUCAAAACUUAGAAUCUUGCCCAUCCUCUGACUUAAAGAAUGUUUUGAUUAGUAGUGUAAAGCAAGACCUGAGUUGUUCUGUAAAUGAAAUGCAAGAAUUCAGGUGUGUCCAAGGAAGUGGUCUAAAGGGAGACAUGCUUGCUCUAGGUGUUGCAGCAAAGUAUGAAAAAGUUUUUCACAACCACAAUCAGGUAUUUUAUGUAUUGGAAGGUGACAUCAGUUAUGAGUGUUCUAAUGAUAAAACAACACUAUCGCCAGGUUCAUUCUUUAUUGUGCCUCAUGAUACCCAGUACAUUAUCACCAACAUGAGCAACUCUACUGCAAAAUUGGUAGUUGUUACUUGUAAGAUGUGAUUUUACAGUCAUAUUCAUGGUUUUUAAGUGCCUUUAAAAAGUAAUUUUUUAAAAAUCUGUACAUAGAGUGCGAGUUAAUUAAUAGGAUAUAUUAAUUUUCUAUUAAAAGGAAUAGGGCUUUGACCUCUGCACUUAACUUAGUUCAGAUGACAUAUGUAUCUGAACCUGUUUCAAUUACCAGUCAUUGUGUUUAUCUGUCUGCUCAGUAUGGUAAUCUCUGUAUUGCUAUUUUUUCUUGUGCGCUAGCAAGGAUUAGUGAUGUGUGUAUCCAAUGCAAUCUGGUAAUUUAAUUUCUCCUAGAAAAGACCAUUAUAUGAAAUGUAAUCUAAUUUAUAAUUGACAUAAAAUGAAAUGCUAUGAUGUUAAAGUAAUAGCUUUGUACAUUAUUUAUAUUUUUGCAAUAAAAACAAAUACAGUUUA